CCGUACAGUGAUGGUGCGAGUUGCGUAUGAUGUGUCAGAUCCUGUUCUCGUCGAGGUUACUCUCCUCUUUCCUCGUGAUUUCUCGGUGAUUUUGGCAUACCCGAGUUAUGCCUAUUGGUCAAGGAGGUGUUUCUAUAUGAGAGUUAAUUCGCAAAUAGUUAUUGGAUACAAGUUAAGCCACAAUAAAGGUGGAAGAGGAGGAAAAAAAGAAAGCUGGAUGUCCCCACAAUGCAGCAGCAACAGGGAGAAGAGUUAGUGGAGGCCAAACCCGGAAAGUUUAGCAUGGAAUUGUGUCAGGUGCCAAGAAAGGUCCACAACGUGCAGUUUUCACUAGCACGUGAUGCCUGUGGGCAGAAGAUGAGUGUCAAGGUGGAGGGCGAACAGGAACUGACGCAGAAGCUGAAGGAGGACCUGGAUCUGACCCAACGCGAAGUGGAUUCCUUGAAGACUGAGGUCCUGCGGCUGAAGGCUGAGCAAAAGGAGAACGAGCAGGUCAUUCAGCAGCUUCAGCAGGCCAAUAAAGCCCUGUACCAACGGCUAGAUGAACUGCAGUCAAGGUGUGAUUGCAUGGAAGAUCAGUCACGGCGGCUGAAGGAUUCAACAGAAAGAUCGGGUGGCAUAUGGUAUGGUCAGGAUUUAGAUUGGAGUACAAGUGAUUUACAUUCUCUAAGAAAAAUCCACAGCAGCCUCCUUCAGUACCCCCUUAAGGACUUCUGCACACUCCUUGGCAACAAAAAUGGGGUGACAUUAUAUGAUGCUGUCCAUGGUUCUGCACACACUUUAAGAAUAGAUAUCUGGAAUAAAGAUCAUCCAGAGGCUGUGCCAUAUGCAAUAGACUUAAGCACAAGACCCCUUCAAAAAUGUGCCAGCAACUUUGAUUUUGCAAGGGGCCAUUCUCCGCCAAUUGAUCUCAGCACCCAGACCAGCCACACACCUGGCAGAGAACCCCUUUGGCUUGAGGAACCACCAUGUCAUCCUGUGGACCUUAGCAGCAAGCCUACCCAGGCUAUACAUGAGGAAGAGGUCAGUUUUCAACGGUCCUCCCCAGAAGCUCACUUCGAUGGUGGACAGGACAGCGAAAGCAAUUCCUCAGAUUGGCCACCCUUGCAGAUUGAUUUAGAUAACACAUCAGAUGAUGGAGAGGGUAUGAGACAAGAGAGAUGUGAACCAGCACAAGAAGCUGAAAUGAAGAAUGAGGAGCAGAUGGAGGAGAACUUGAGUUUCAUUUCAGCUGUGAAUGAUGAAGAAUUACCAGAACCAAGCCUCACCAAGAUUUCCAGUUACAGAAGAAGAAAACGUGGACCAAAAUCAUGGGAGUUUUUGAUGAGGCUUAUGGCUGAUAAGAGGACAAAUCCUUCUGUGAUUCGGUGGGAGGACAGAGAAGCUGCCACCAUUAGGCUCAUUCAACCGCACUACAUUGCCAAGCUCUGGGGGAAACGGUCAAGUAAAUCCAAUCUAACCUAUGAUCACUUUGCACGUGCUCUAAGGUACCACUACAAGAAGGGGCAACUGAUCAAAGUUUCAGAAAGGCAGCUGGUGUAUGGCUGCGGUCCACAGGCCCUCAAGUUCUUAGAGGUGCUCCUCCAGCAGAACCAGCUGAUGGGCGAUGUCAGUGAAGAUGCCAUGUUGUGGACUGAGAUGUCAGAUGCAGCAGUACCCCAAGACCAUACAUACUUCAACAAGAAAGAAAUAUAGAUGUUUUGUUAUAAAGAUAGGUGUAUUUCCCUAAUUGCAGAUGUUUCCAGGAAAAGUGUAAAUGCAAAUCUUGACAGUGAAUCCAGUGAAAUUAUAUCAUAGAUAAAUAAUCCAGCCGUCCUGAUCAUGGGUUGAUGUUAAUGUACUAUUACAGGCAGACAUGUAAUGUUCCUGUUGUUUUAUGAUGAUAUUUGAAGGCUGUGAAACCAGAGUAAUUAUUUUUAAAGAAGUUUAGUUUAUUUAUAUGUGUGCAUAGUUUAAAAAGGAGAGUAAGUAUACAGAAGAAUAUAGAUAGAUAUAUUUGCAUACUGUGAUGGAUGCACAACUUGUUGGGUUUAAAUUCAGUAAGAGAGAUGUAAAACUAUCUUUAGGUUAAGGGUUCAUAUCAAGUACCUGAUUUGAAGUUAGAUACCAUGAGCCAUUGUGUAGUUUUGGUAAUGAGUAGUGCCAUGGUGAAUAAUAUUUAUAGAUAUGUUUUGUCUCAUGUGCCAAUGCUUAGAAAGUUGGCAGUGUUUUGGAUAAAUAGGGCUAUGAAUAUCAGCUGCUGUCUUCAAGAAAAGUAGCACUACUGGACAGCAUUAUGAAGUAUAACAGUUGUUAAAAAAGCAAUUUUUGUUUUGCUUAAAGGAAUUUUUUUAUAUAUAUAAAGUAUAUAUAAGUGUGUAUGUGCAUACCCCCCCCCACACACACUCACUCACUCACUCACUCACUCACUCACUCACUCACUCACU